CGUCGUAGAUUUUAGCUUCAGAUCAAACAUUUAGCUCAUAUUGAGAUCUUUUCAAUCAAAUAGAAAGCACAAAAGUUAUACAAAGAACGUGAACAAAAUUAUUUAUUUUUAUAGUCAGAAAUCUGGGAAAACUUACAACUACGCAUAACAAUCGCCAACCCAACUCAAGAAGUCAGUGAGAAAGUAUUCAAGCAUGGAACCGGAGCUGCAGUCAAGCUGCAUGUUCAGCUGCGAAUCGUACGAAUCGAUAAAUUUGCACUCGGAUCUGGCUAAGGAAUCGGAUGGGUGCGAGUGCGGCUCAUCGCAAUCGAACAGCGCCACGCAAUCGGAUGGGAACACAUCGAACAUGUUGAGUGUGCCAACAGAUUCGGGUUCCUCAAUUGAUAUUCCGUUGAAGGGCUUGGAGGAUGGGAAGUUUGUGGAGCACUUCAAGAAGGAUCCGAAAGGAUUCCUCGAUGAGAUUGUCGAGCGCUAUGUCCAACUGAACAAAUUGGUCAAGCAGAGGAAUAAGAUGACCGAUCAGGCCGUUGCGCAAUCGAAGAAUGACAGGCAGCUGCUGCUGGAGGAGCAGAAGCUCAACAGCGAUCUGCGCCUGGAGCUGGAGGAUUGCAAAAAGCGUGCCGAGAGUGCGAGCGUCGACUGCCGCAACCUGGCCAAACACAACGGCAUCUGCACCGUCAUCCAAAACGAACUCCUUCAAUGUCAAAAGAUCUGCGCGGGCCUGACAGCUGAAAAGGAGCAGCUCAUGGAGGAGCUCAACUUCUACAAGAGUCAGGCCCUGGAUGCGAUGACUGAGGGGGGUGGUGACGGGUGCGGCAGCCCUCAGAAGUAUCAGAUACUUAACAAGGCACUCAAAAACCAACUCGAACUCAGUCAAGGCAUCAUUCUGGAGCUGGAAAAGCGAAACGAAGAGUUGGAGUCCACCGAUGCCACUCUGCAGGAGCUGCAGAAGGAGCUGAGCUUCUACAAGAAGCGAUACUUCGAGGACAAUGCCGAGGAGUUGGUGGAAAACAAAAAGCUGCAGGAGGCGCUGACGCGGAUGCAAACGAGCUUCAAGACUCUGGAAGUUGCCAAUGAGCGCCUCUCCAGCGAAAUGGAGGUAUACAAGGAGAUGUUCUUCCAGGACGAAUCAAAGGGUGAUAAGAAGGUCAAGACUUUAUGCCUCAGUCUGCAAAGUGAACUCGAAGAGAGUAAGAAAACAAUUGACAACUUUCGAGCGAAGAACGACAAGUUGAAUGAGGAAGUGGCAGACAUGAAGCUGAUGUUGAACCGCGUGGACCUACAAGCGAAGGGACUCAAAUUUACCCUGGACAUGAACGCGGAACUGGAAGACCGAGCGGCUGAACACGACAGGGCCAUUGUGCUGCUCCAACGAAAUAACUCACAUCUGCGGCAGAAGGCUGCCAAGAGACGGAUGAGCUACAGGAAGUUGCAGGAGACCUUGACGCUUGAGCUGGCCAAGCAGCAGGCUCUCAGCUGUUCAGGCGGGCCUGAUGGUGACCUGAACCAUGGCAAUGCCGGAAAACAUAACUCUCUGGCCAUGAGGUUGAUGCGUCAUUUCGAAAUGGUCACCGCCACGCCCGUGUCCAAUCACAGCCGCACCAGCAGCACCGUUUCGUUGUCUCAGAUCAUUGGACGCGACCACCUCAAGAUGGAUCCCGAGGAGGUGCUCGAAGAAGUGUACAAGACAUUCUGCGGAUUGACCUACAACUACUGGAUCCGUGAAGCCCAUGCCGACAGCCAGCCGUCGUUCAUCGAACGUUGAAUAGCGCUUGGAAACCUAUCAGUAAUCCACUAAAAUCUACACUGAACAACACCACCAGAUCACACCUAACCAAAGACAAAAUAAUAUUAUAUUGUCUCUGCUCUAACCAAACAACACCAAAUUCAAAGGAAGAUCCUCGAUUGUUAUAUUUCUUAAAAUUCAUGAACGAACCAAUCCACACUCCACGACCGAUUCAAAUUCACAACUGUUUUCGUUUUUAGAUGCACUGCUCUUGAAUUCAAAAU